AUGGCCAACGCAACGAGCCCCCCAGAAGAACCUGAAAUCAAGACGCAGCAACCAGUACCUGUUGACGCGUCCACAAUCAAGAUCAGCGCGAUCCCGGUCAGGGGCGAGCAACUGAGGGACAAGCUUGUCAACUUGCGGCAGAAGCUCACAACUCGCCAUGGCUGGUUAGGAGAUUACGAUUUUGUCUGGCUCUGCUCGCCAACUCUGCCAUUCACCCAGGCGGCUAGGCGCAAGAAUCCUCCCUUCUUCCCUUUGCAUGCUGACCUUCCCCUUGUCCUUGCCAUCAUCUGCGGUUUCCAGCAUGCACUCGCAAUGCUAGCAGGCCUCAUUACUCCCCCUAUUAUCUUCUCGAGUGCCCUCAAUCUAUCUGGCGAAUUACAGGCGUACAUGAUAAGUGCUUCCCUGAUUGCAUGCGGCAUCCUCAGCUUGGUCCAAAUGUCCCGUAUCCGCCUGCCAGGCGGAUACUUCAUCGGCACCGGGUUAAUCACAGUGGUCGGUACUUCGUUCGCUACUCUCUCGACCGCCUUCGCAAUCUUCGACUCGAUGUACGCGAACGGCACCUGUCCCGUGAUCCAGAACGCAGACGGAACCACGACGAACGGGCCUUGCCCAGACGCGUACGGCUACCUGCUAGGCACGUCGCUCAUCUGCUCCUUCCUUGAAAUGGGCAUGUCCUUCGUCCCCGUCCGCAUCCUACAGCGUAUUUUCCCUCCCGUCGUUACAGGCACAGUGAUAGUGAUGAUCGGUGCCUCGCUGAUCGGUACUUCCGGCGCGCCCAACUGGGCCGGAGGAUCAAAUGACUGUGCCAGCCGGCCGACGAGUGGGAUCUUCCAGCUCUGCCCGACCAUUUUUGCCCCGAAACCGCUUCCGUGGGGCAGCCCGCAGUUCAUGGGUCUUGGGUUCCUCAGCUUCGUCAGUAUCGUCCUCACCGAGCUGUUCGGUAGUCCCUUCCUCAAGAACGCAUCCAUCAUCGUCGGCCUUCUCGUAGGAUGUAUCGUGGCUGGUGCAUGUGGGUACAUCGAUGGUAGCAGUAUCCAGACAGCUCCGGCGAUCACUUUCCUCUGGGUUCAUACUUUCAACAUCCGGGUGUAUGCGCCCGCGAUCCUGCCUAUGCUUGCCGUUUAUAUCUCUCUGGCGAUGGAGGCGAUUGGAGAUAUCGCGGCCUCGGCUGAAGCGUCCCGAGUAGACGUUGAAGGCCCAGAGUUCGACUCGCGUAUUCAAGGUGGUGUCUUGUCUGACGGUCUUGGAGGGUUCUUCUCUGCCCUCUUUACCGUCACCCCCCUCUCUGUCUUCGCGCAAAACAAUGGCGUCAUCGUCAUCACCCGCUGCGCAAACCGGGGCGCCGGCCGCUGGUGCUGCUUCUUUAUUAUCCUCUUCGGCAUCCUAGGCAAGCUCUCCGGUGUUUUCCUUGCAAUCCCUAAUUCUGUCUUGGGGGGAGUGACGACUUUCUUAUUUGCAAGUGUCGUCGUUUCGGGAAUUCGUGUACUGUCAUAUUUGCCAUGGACGAGAAGAGACAGGUUCAUCGUUGCUGCCGCUUUUACUUUCGGGAUUGCAGACCUUCUCGUACCAUCGUUCUGGACAUAUCUCUUUCUCAGCAUCACCAAUGCCAGCCCAGGGCUGCAGGGGCUCCUUGACUCUAUCAGCAUCAUCCUCACAACGCCUUUCCUCAUUGCUGGCAUUGUUGCUCUCGUGCUGAACCUCAUCCUCCCCAUCGAGAUCCGCGAUCCCUGCGAGGUCGACGGGAAAGUACCUCCCGCACGCUGCAUAGCCGACAUUGAGGCGCAUGCAACGGACAACGAAGCAACGGAGGAAAAAGAAGUUGUUGUUUAG